AUGAACGUUUAUUGUGUUGUGGACUCCAAGAACAAGAGAUGGAUGGUUAUACAGAGGAGGAAAGACGGGUCUGUAGAUUUCAACCGCACUUGGGCAAAUUACAAAGCUGGCUUCGGUGACUUGAGUGGCGAAUUCUGGCUUGGCAAUGAACAUAUCUACCAGCUGACUAAGGACAAACCGAGACAGCUGAGGAUUGAUAUGGAGAUGUUCAAUGGAACAAAGCGAUAUGCGCUGUAUUCUGAGUUCAAGAUAUCAUCAGAGUCCGAGAAGUAUAAGCUCCAUCUUGCCGGAUACACUGGGGACGCAGGAGACUGUUUAUUAACGGCUUGUUAUGGUUAUGGUCAUGUUCACAGCGGUCAGUCGUUUUCAACUUUCGAUAGAGAUAAUGACCGAGACAGUAAUUGUUGUGCAUGCGUAUUUGUGGGAGGUUGGUGGUUUAAUGACUGUUUCAACGCAUAUCUAAACGGUAAAUACUUUAAGGAAAAAGAUUCCAUGCCUUAUGGGAAAGGAAUUAACUGGUUCAAGAUCAAUGAAUGGAGCACAUCUUUAAAAUUUGUGCAAAUGAGCAUGCGCUAAGAAUGCACAUUAAGACGUAGACAUGAC